GCGGCAGUCCAGCGCCAGGCCCCCUCCGGGAGGUGAGGGGAAUGGAUUGGACUUCGGUGGGGAAAGCGGGUGUCUAGAAGUGGUGCUAAUGGGAAGAGAAUCCUGGUUUCCAAAGAGGAUGCUCUGCCACAAAGAGCGGCUCGCGCGCUGGCCUGGGCUCUAGCGGAGGAGCGAUCCCGGGAGAACUCCAGAGCUCGGGGGAGCGCUCCUCGGAAGACGGGUCACCAUGCCUGUGCGCAGGGGGCAUGUGGCACCACAAAACACAUUUCUGGGGACCAUCAUACGGAAAUUUGAAGGGCAAAACAAAAAAUUUAUCAUUGCAAAUGCCAGAGUGCAGAACUGUGCCAUCAUCUAUUGCAAUGAUGGGUUCUGCGAGAUGACUGGUUUCUCGAGGCCAGAUGUCAUGCAGAAGCCAUGCACCUGCGACUUUCUCCACGGGCCUGAGACCAAGAGACAUGAUAUUGCCCAAAUUGCCCAGGCAUUGCUGGGGUCAGAAGAGAGGAAAGUGGAGGUCACCUACUACCACAAAAAUGGAUCUACUUUUAUUUGCAACACUCACAUAAUUCCAGUGAAAAAUCAAGAAGGCGUGGCAAUGAUGUUCAUCAUUAAUUUUGAACAUGUGGCUGAUGAUAAAAAUGCAGCCUCCCCCGAGAGGGUAAACCCAAUAUUACCAGUCAAAACUGUAAACCGAAAACUUUUUGGGUUCAAAUUCCCUGGUCUCAGAGUUCUAACUUACAGAAAGCAAUCCUUACCACAAGAAGACCCUGAUAUGGUAGUAAUUGAUUCCUCUAAACACAGUGAUGAUUCAGUAGCCAUGAAGCACUUUAAGUCUCCUACAAAAGAAAGCUGCAGCCCCUCUGAAGCAGAUGAUACAAAAGCUUUGAUACAGCCCAGCAAAUGUUCUCCCUUGGUGAAUAUAUCUGGACCUCUCGAUCAUUCCUCCCCCAAAAGACAAUGGGACCGACUCUACCCUGACAUGCUACAAUCAGGCUCUCAGCUGACCCAUUCCAGAUCAAGGGAAAGCCUUUGUAGUAUUCGGAGAGCAUCUUCAGUUCAUGACAUAGAAGGAUUCAAUGUCCACCCCAAGAACAUAUUUAGAGACCGGCAUGCCAGUGAAGACAAUGGUCGCAAUAUUAAAGGGCCUUUUAAUCAUAUCAAGUCCAGCCUGCUGGGAUCUACGUCAGAUUCAAACCUCAACAAAUACAGCACCAUUAACAAGAUUCCACAGCUCACUCUGAAUUUUUCAGAUGUCAAAACUGAGAAAAAGAACACAUCUCCUCCUUCUUCAGAUAAAACUAUUAUUGCACCCAAAGUUAAAGAUCGAACACACAAUGUGACAGAAAAAGUAACCCAGGUUCUCUCUUUAGGAGCAGACGUCCUGCCAGAAUACAAACUGCAGACACCACGCAUCAACAAAUUUACAAUACUGCACUACAGCCCUUUCAAGGCGGUCUGGGACUGGCUCAUCCUGCUGUUGGUCAUAUACACGGCUAUCUUCACACCCUACUCUGCAGCCUUUCUCCUCAAUGACCGAGAAGAACAGAAAAGACGAGAAUGUGGCUAUUCUUGUAGCCCCUUGAAUGUGGUGGACUUGAUUGUGGACAUUAUGUUUAUCAUAGACAUUCUCAUAAACUUCAGAACAACCUAUGUAAAUCAGAAUGAAGAAGUGGUAAGUGAUCCGGCCAAAAUAGCAAUACACUACUUCAAAGGCUGGUUCCUGAUUGACAUGGUUGCGGCAAUUCCUUUUGACUUGCUGAUUUUUGGAUCAGGUUCUGAUGAGACAACAACCUUAAUUGGUCUUCUGAAGACGGCCCGGCUCCUUCGUCUUGUGCGAGUGGCCAGGAAACUGGAUCGGUAUUCAGAAUACGGCGCUGCUGUUCUAAUGCUCUUAAUGUGCAUUUUUGCCCUGAUUGCUCACUGGCUGGCUUGCAUUUGGUAUGCGAUUGGGAACGUGGAAAGGCCUUAUCUGACUGACAAGAUCGGAUGGUUGGAUUCCUUAGGACAGCAAAUUGGGAAACGGUACAAUGAUAGUGACUCCAGCUCUGGACCAUCCAUUAAAGACAAAUACGUCACCGCACUUUAUUUCACCUUCAGCAGCUUAACCAGCGUAGGAUUCGGGAAUGUGUCUCCUAACACCAAUUCGGAGAAAAUCUUUUCAAUUUGUGUCAUGUUGAUUGGCUCACUAAUGUAUGCAAGCAUUUUUGGGAAUGUGUCUGCGAUUAUCCAAAGACUAUACUCGGGAACUGCCAGGUACCACAUGCAGAUGCUGCGAGUGAAAGAGUUCAUUCGCUUUCACCAAAUCCCCAACCCUCUGAGGCAACGUCUUGAGGAAUAUUUCCAGCACGCGUGGACUUACACCAAUGGCAUUGACAUGAACAUGGUCCUAAAGGGUUUCCCAGAAUGCUUACAAGCUGACAUUUGUCUACAUCUCAACCAGACUUUGCUGCAAAAUUGCAAAGCCUUUCGGGGGGCAAGUAAAGGUUGCCUUAGAGCUUUGGCAAUGAAGUUCAAGACCACCCAUGCACCUCCAGGAGACACCCUGGUUCACUGUGGGGAUGUCCUCACUGCUCUUUAUUUCUUAUCCAGAGGCUCCAUCGAAAUUCUGAAAGAUGACAUUGUGGUGGCUAUUCUGGGAAAAAAUGAUAUAUUUGGAGAAAUGGUUCAUCUUUAUGCCAAACCUGGAAAAUCUAAUGCAGAUGUCAGAGCUCUCACAUACUGUGACUUGCACAAGAUUCAGAGGGAAGACUUGCUAGAGGUUUUGGAUAUGUAUCCUGAGUUUUCUGAUCACUUUCUAACAAACCUAGAGUUGACUUUCAACCUAAGGCACGAAAGUGCAAAGGCUGAUCUCUUACUACGAUCACAGUCCAUGAAUGAUUCUGAAGGAGACAACUGUAAACUACGAAGAAGGAAAUUGUCAUUUGAAAGUGAAGGAGAGAGAGCAAACAGUACAAACGAUCCAGAAGACUCUGCAGAUACCAUAAGACAUUAUCAGAGUUCCAAAAGACACUUUGAAGAGAAAAAAAGCAGAUCAUCAUCUUUCAUCUCCUCCAUUGAUGAUGAACAGAAACCGCUCUUCUCAGGAAUGGUGGAUUCUUCUCCUGCAACAAUGGGGAAAGCGUCGGGGCUCAAUUUUGAAGAAACACUGCCCAACUCAGGAAGAAUGCACAUAGAUAAAAGAAGUCACUCUUGCAAAGAUGUCACUGACAUGCGAAGCUGGGAAGGAGCCAAUGUCCAGACGCGGCCUGAGCGGCCUGAAGAGUCCAGUCCUUCAGCACUUCAGCGAGCUGCCUGGGGGGUCUCUGAAACUGAAAGUGACCUCACCUAUGGGGAAGUGGAGCAAAGAUUAGAUUUGCUUCAAGAACAACUUAACAGACUUGAAUCCCAAAUGACAGCUGACAUCCAGACCAUCCUACAGUUGCUGCAGAAACAAAGUGCAGUGGUGCCCCCAGCCUACAGCAUGGUAACUGCGGGAGCUGAGUAUCAGAGACCCGUCCUCCGCCUGAUGAGAACCAGUCAUCCUGCAGCAUCUAUCAAGACUGACCGAAGUUUCAGCCCUUCCUCACAAUGUCCUGAAUUUCUAGACCUUGAAAAAUCUAAACUUAAAUCCAAAGAAUCCCUCUCAACUGGGGUGCAUCUGAACACAGCUUCGGAAGACAACUUGACUUCACUUUUAAAACAAGACAGUGAUCUCUCUUUAGAGCUUCACCCUCGGCAAAGAAAAACUUACCUUCAUCCGAUCAGGCACCCUUCUUUGCCAGAUUCAUCCCUAAGCCCUGUAGGAAUCUUGGGUCUUCAUAGGCAUGUUUCUGAUCCGGGUCUUCCCGGGAAAUAAUCAUUUUGUACUAUUUAUUCCACAUACAAUGUAAGUGCUUUUAAUGGCUGUUUUCCUUUUUGUAUUUAAAUCCUCUCUACUUGACUCAGGGGCUCACAAGGUACCAUUAUAUGCAAAAGUACUGUAUAUUUUCCUAAAUUGAAGCUUGUAAGGUAAAAUUAAGCAGUUAGGAUGUAUAUAUACGUUAAGAACUUUUGGUUCCAAAUGUUAAAACUGCCAGCAUCUCAAGGCACCUUAUUUUUUAUUUUUAUUUUUUAAACCAUGUGCAUGUUAGGAAACUCCAAUUUCUCUUGCAUGGAGACUCCUAUUUAUUGCUUUUAGUAAACCAGUACUUUGUUAUGAAAAUGCCUUCCAAGCACAUAAAAAAACCAAGGAAUAAAACUGUUCAUGGAUGUAACUCAGAUUCAGAUGAUCCUCAACUC